AUGCAGAGCAACUACUCCUUGGUCGUUACCACCAGAGAAACUCUUCAAGUCCUCUAUACAGCACUGACAAACUCAUCGGCUGCAUUGCGCUCACCCCCUCCCUGCCCACUUACCUCUUCAGAUUAUCAGUUUUCACUAAUUCCAGCACUCUUCUCUGUGGUUUUUGUUCUGGGGUUGGUUGGCAACAGCGUGGUGGUUGUGGUACUUUGUCGUCACAGUGGCCCCAAAACAGUUGCUAAUAUCUACAUUUUCAACCUGGCCAUGGCGGAUUUGCUGUGCCUCGCCACCCUUCCCUUCUGGGCUACCUACUACGCACAGGGGUACAACUGGCUCUUUGGCUCUCUCAUGUGCAAAAUCUCCAGUUCUGUCCUGUGCUUGAACAUGUUUGCAAGUAUAUUUUUCAUUACAUGCAUGAGCGUGGACCGGUACCACGUUAUUGUCCAUCCUAUUCGCUCUCAAAGAAGAACUCCACAACAAGCUUAUUUUAUAGCAUUGGUUGUGUGGGGCCUUGCCUCUUUGUCUUCCCUCCCAACUUUUUAUUUCCGUGACACUCAUUACAUUGAAAGCUUGGGGGUCAAUGCUUGCAUUAUGGCCUUUCCUCAUGAGAAUUUUGCAAAAUGGUCUGUGGCAACAGCCUUCCUGAAAAAUGCACUUGGCUUCUUCAUCCCCUUGACAGUGAUCACCACGUGCUACAUGUGGAUCAGAAGGCACUUGCUCAAAGCACAGGACUUUGGGAAAAACAAGCAGAAGAGGGACAAAGUCCUAAAGCUGGUGGCUGCUGUUGUUGUGGCCUUCUUAAUUUCCUGGCUCCCAUUCCACAUUUUAACUUUUUUGGAUGCCUUGGCCCAUAUGAACAUCAUCAUCAACUGUGACGUGACAGGGAUCAUCGACACAGCACUGCCAUUUGGCAUCUGCAUGGCAUUUGCCAACAGUUGCAUCAACCCUUUGCUGUACUGCUUUAUUGGGAACCAGUUCCAGGAGAGGCUCCAUCGCUUGUUUAAGCGACGAGUUUAUCAGUUCAACAGCCAUCAAGAGAGCUCUUCUUUGAGGAAAGGGAGCUGCUUCAGAGAUGCUGAGACCCCCAUGGGCAGGGAAGGGGAGCCCGAGUCCUUGCUGUAG